UACUGUCAUUUCACCUUUUCUCCUCAACAAAACGCGCGGUAUAUUUCUGAAGUUGUAAGAAUUCUCAUCUCCGUCGAAGUACAUUUCGAUUUUUGUUUAAAAGAAAAAAAUCCAAUUUUGUUAGCGCCAUCUAUGCGACCCCCCGAGAGUGCGCAUAGGCCGAUAACCUCAUCAUCUCAUGUGCCGGCAACGUCAAUCGUGGAGAAAAGAAACGUAAAUAUGGUAGCCCCAAGUGUUUAUCCGCAAUUUUUGCUCCCCAACUCAAGAACUAUUUGUGAAAAUGUCUAAACAAGUAAAACGGAAAAUAACCGUGAACCUGACUCCGAAAAGCAAAGAAAUAUCGAAGCCUCGGCCCAGUGUGUUCGAGCGUUUAGGCACGAAAGCCAGCACAACUCAACAGAAAGAUUUUUGCCAUCAUUGGGCUCAAAACGGCACAUGCCCGUACGGAAAAGGUUGUAAGUAUUCGUCUACACAUACAUUAAUCAGUCCGUCAAAGCAGAGGGCCGCCAAGAGCCAGUCCGAAUCCAAGCGGAGGAAGGAAAAUGCUCAUAAGCGAAUACACGCAGGUAAUGCUGAGGAAGACUGGGACCAGUGGGAUCCAGAAGAAUUAGCCGACGCCGACCCUGAUGAUCUAGAGAAGCGCAGACAGGAGAUUCAAAGAGAACUAGAGUUACAAAUGAAAAUGGAGAACAAAGCCCGAAAAAAGGACAAGAAAACCAAGAAGGAGAGCAGUCCCUCGACCGAAAGCUCGUCGACAUCGUCGGACUCGAGCUCGUCCAGCGACGAUUCCAGUUCCAGCAGCUCUUCGUCCACGGAGACUCGCCGCAAGAAGAGCAAGAAGACCAAAUCAAAACGGGAAACCUCUUCGUCUUCAGACGAAAGACCGCCGAAGAAGAAAGCGAAAACCAAGAGAACGUCCUCGAAAUCGUCAACGCGCGGGGACAAAUCCAAAAAGAGCAGUUCGAAGACGAAACCCACCACGAAAUCGCCUACACCUCCCAGAAACCGAAAACAGUCGCAGACGCCGCCUCCGAAGAUAAAGCCCGGAGUGCCGUCCUCGAAGAACGUGGAAUCGAAGUCACCGAGGCCUACGAGCAGAUCGAGUGAUAGGAAGGAGAAGCAUCACACGCCGUCGCCUAAGCCGAAGGAAAAGGAGAGGGAGAAGGAAAAGGAAAAGGAGCGGGAGAAGGAGAAGGAGCGCGAGAGGGAGAAGGAACGGGAGAAGGAGAGGGAGCGCGAGAAGGAACGCGAAAGGGAGAGGGAGAAGGAGAGGAAUAAGGAGAGGGCGAAAGAGAAGGAGAAGGAACGGGAGAAGGAUAAAGACCACAAGAAGAAGGAAUCGAGGUCGCCGAAGAGGGAGAGCAGAUCUACGAAGGAUAGUAAAAGGAGGGAUACGCCGGAUUCUUCACACUCGAGAGACAGGAAGUCAUCGCCUAGUCGGUCCAAGGGCAGCGGGAGCAGCAGCAGUAGACGAGACAAUCACAAGAGUCCGCCACCCAAGGAGGAGCGAAGUCGGGACAAAAAAGAUGACAAGGAUAGGUCCCGCGCAAAAGACCGCCCCAGCGACGACAAAUCCCGCAAAGACAAGCGCGAUUCGCGCGAUCGCGACCGCGAGAGGGAGCGCGAACGCGAGCGCCGCCUAGCGCGCGAAGAACGCGAAGCCGCUCGCGAAAAAGAGCGCGAAGAAGCGUUGGCCCGCUGCCAAGAGCGACAAAGAGAACGCGAACGCCUCAAGGAGCUCGCGAAGAAGGAAGAGGAGAGGAGCCGAGGCAGAGACCGCAGCCGGCGCGAAGACCGAGGACUAGACAAACCUUCCGGGGACAGAGUGGAGCGGUUGCUUCCGCUUCCCGAAGACCGAAUCCCGCCUAGUCGCAAACACUCGAGCGACAGGGAGAGGAGCGAUCGACGGGAGCGCGACCGACGAGAAAGAACCCCCGAGAGACGAAAGUCGGUGGAGAGAAGGGACGAGAAGGACCGAGGUUAUGAUCGAAGUUAUGAUAGAUCGAGCGACCGGAACUACGAGCGGGAGUCGCGUGACCAUGAUCGGGAUCGCGAAAGGGAUUAUAGCAGGAUUAGGGAGACGGAGAGGAGGAUCGAGGAUAAGGAGUAUGAUAGUCCGUAUGAUCGAGCGAGGCAUGAAGAGAGGAGGUACUUGGAGAUGGAGGAUCAUUAUAAUGAUAAUUCACGGGAGGAGAGGUUGCCUUUGGAGCGGGAAUACACGGAUGAUAGGAGGAGCAGGAGGGAUUUGUGGGACGCGAGGGACGACAGGGACUUGGAUUUGGAGCAUAGGAGGUACGCGAGGGAGGAUUCGAGGCCGCCGCCGUCGUUGAAAGGAAGGGACUGGGAGACGGACUAUCCGGAUCACGACUGGGAUAGGGCGAGGAGACCGAUUGACUGGGAGGGGAGAGAGAAUUGGGACGCGACGGAACACAAGCAUCUGACCGAGGAGGAUUGGAGGUUGUAUAAUUGGUCGGCGGAGGACAGGAGGAGGUGGCCGGCGGAUUGGAGAGAGAGGGAGAGAUCGAGACCGAGGAGUUCGACGUCUCACAACAGAGAUGAUGAAACCAUGUCUGAAAGUCGAAGGAAAGAACCGUCAAGACAAGACCCCCGAUCCGAUCGAUCCGACUCAAAAACCUCAAUGCCCGAAGUCGAAGUGAAAAAAGAAGUUGUUCCGCCAAAAAGACCAGCCGAAGAACCUCUUGAGAGUCCAGUUGAAGCGAAAAAACCUUACGUUAUAGAACCAGUACUGGAAGAUGAUCUAAGCGAAAUUAGUGACGAUGCAGAUGAUAUUUUGAACCGGGACGAGGAGAUCAACGAACCGGCUCCUGAAGAAACACCAGUCCCCGAACAAGCCGAAACGUCUUCAAUCAAAGAACAACAAAAUUCAUCAGCUUCUCAGAAAUCUCAGUCACCAAGUCGUUCGCCGAAUCGCAUACCCAAAGACGAAUCCAUCGACGAAGACAACAUGGAUCUAGAUUUUGAAGAAAUAUCAGAAGAUGAGCUAGAGGAAGAAUCCCGUGUGAAAGGCAUUGGGGAUGCCUUAGGCGUAGACUGGGCAAGUCUAGUAGCCGAAUCUCGACCAAGAAUCAAACCAAUGACGUCGGCAAAAAGGCGCUGGGAAAGCCACAACGUCCUCGUCAACCUAGGCAUAUCAGUCGAACUCGCCGGCGAAGACUUAGUCAAGGACGUUUUGAAAGAGCACGCCGAAGCGAAACUGAAGGAACAAAACGAAGAAAAGGGCAAAAACGAACCGGAAGAAGCGACCGUCAACGGAAUCAAAGAAGAAAACGACGAAAAAAUAACGGUUAAUAUUUCGCACCCAAUCGGGGCGAUCCAGGUCGCGAAUCGGGAAAAACAGGCCGUGAGAAAAGCGCUGUUUUCGAACGUGGGACCAAACUGUCGGGCUUUAUCGGCCAGACGCGAUCUAAUGAUUCGGAGACAUUUGUGCAAUUUGCCUUUGAGGGAUACUUACGUGGAAGCGCCGAAAAGGCACGAUCCCGAACUACUGAAGCUCGCUGUGCAGAUGUUCGAGCGGUGUUUAUAGCGUUAAGUGUGGAUAGUUGAAUUUCGACUUUUAGUGUUUGGUUUUUGGUAUUUGUAUAAAUUGAGGACAAUAAUUGGGACAGAAAUUUUAAAUUUAUUAAUGAACAAUAAAAUUUAUUAUUGCAGUA